AUGCUCCUUCAACUGUAAUCCAAUUCUCUCGAUCUACACAUAUCAUUAAUGUCUUUUUUCCUCUGAAGCUACCUAGCUCCCAUCCUGGUUAGCUACUUGUAUUUAUACUUCCCUCUCUUGCAUUCAUAUCAUCUGAUAUCACUAACAAACACUAUGAACUACUCUAGAAUCAUACACUUAUUCUCCCUCUUCCUCCUCUUCCUUGCUCUCUCAACCCUACCUGGAUCUGCUUCCAGGGCCCCUCCAAAGCCUGGAAGCAGCGGCAGCAGUGGUGGUGUUGGAAACUUCCCUGGCGAAGGAGGUUACGGAUUCCCUGGCAACCUGCCACCCGCAUUCCGUGGAAUUAUUGGUGCUGGAGGUUCAGGAGGUUGGGGUGGUGGCUACGGUGGUCCUAGCGGUGGCUCUGGAAGUGGAGGGACAGUGAGGCCUGUCGUGACAUGUAAAGUAAAGGGUCCUUGUUAUGGAAAGAAGCUGAGGUGUCCGGCUAAGUGUUUCACUUCUUGGAGUCGAUCCGGUAAGGGGUAUGGUGGUGGCGGCGGAGGUGGUGGAUGUAGUAUGGACUGCAAGAAGAAGUGUACGACUACUUGCUCAACCUAGUGGUGGAUGCUUAUAUACCACUAAUCACUGUAUGAUAUGAAUGGUCAUUUUGUGUAAUAUAUAUAAUAUAUAUGUUCCAGUGUUGAUGAGACGAUGAGCUAGUAUGACCUAAAUGCAUCGCUGCCAUGAAGUUUUAGUGUUGAUCUUGAUGUGAUCCAUCACUCUCUUUCCUGUUUGUGGUUCUACAUGUUUGUAAUUUUGAGUGUUUGCAAUAAUCAUCUAUAUGAUAGUUAGCUUA